AGCUAUUCUCUAUUUCACUAAACAUUCCCCCAAUCUCCAUAAACUUCUGCAUUAGUGUCCUACACGUUCUCUCUCUCGCCUCUCUCCUCACUUAUGUUUCGGAUCACCACAGGACCAAUUCUCACUCAGUUUGACAAAUCAUCCUCAAUCUCUCUCUCCCUUUUGAGAAAUUCAACAAGCCACCACAGAGGAAGCUAUAGAGGACAAAAGUCCAGUUUUUCCCUUUUGCCUUUUUCUUGCUCUUCUUUCUUUGCUUUCAAGGUCUUAUUUCUUGUGUAUUCCCAAACACACAGACGAUUAAUUCCUUCAUUGGAUUGUCCCCAAAACACAAAUUAUCUCACUUUCUGCCAUUUUUCCCCAAUUCCCCACCUGGGUUUCUUCCAUUUUCUCCCCAAACUCACAAAGCAAGAACCUUUAAUUCUGUUUUCUCUGUAAUGCGUUUGUUCGGUUCGUCUGCAAUUGGGAAUUGCCAGUUGGUUUUUCUUUUCUUUUGUUGAUGAGUUGAUAAUUUUCUGGAUUUUGGAGCUAUUUCAAGUUCCAAGAACAUGGGGGGAGGAGAGAAGAGUGACAAAGAAACAAAGAAAGAAAACCAAGGUGAUACAGAUAAUGAAGGAGUUGAGGGGAUUGGGAGGCAGAUGAGUGAGACUUCCGUCUCUGCAGCUGAGGAGGAGGAAGAUGAAGAAGGAAGCAGUAAAAUUCAGUUGGGUCCCCAAUGCACUCUUAAAGAACAGAUUGAGAAGGAUAAGGAUGAUGAGAGUUUGAGGAGGUGGAAGGAGCAGCUUCUUGGGGCUGUGGAUUUUGAGAAUGUUGGGGAAACUCUUGAACCAGAAGUGAAGUUCAUUCAGCUGUCAAUCCUUUCUCCUGGUAGACCUGACAUUGUUCUUGAUAUUCCAGAAGAUGGGAAACCCAAAGGCUUAUGGUUUACCCUGAAAGAAGGUAGUCAGCACAACCUGAAGUUCUCCUUCCAAGUUAAGAAUAACAUUGUAUCCGGCCUCAAGUACACCAACACUGUUUGGAAAACUGGUGUCAAGGUCGACAGCACAAAAGAGAUGAUUGGAACUUUCAGUCCUCAGCAAGAGCCUUACAUACAUGUGAUGCCGGAAGAGACCACACCUUCUGGCAUGUUUGCCAGAGGAUCAUAUUCUGCAAGAUCAAAGUUUCUUGACGAUGAUAACAAGUGCUACUUGGAGAUCAAUUACACCUUCGAUAUUCGAAAGGAAUGGGCUAAAUAAACCGAUAAUUUCCCAGAGUGCUAGCAAAUCUCUUCCAUUCAGCUGAUGUUCUCACACCGCAGUUAGUUUAAGAUUUUUUCCGGUUAAUGAUAGCCGAAUAUUACUUACUUCCAUGCUUAUGCUAAGUUUGUUACUUAAUUUUCAUAACAUCGGAUUGCAAGAAAGCGAGAGUGUUUUUUUUCCUUUUCGAGGGGAUUCUUUGGUUACUGCCUGCAAUAAAAAAGGUGAGCUUAGAUUCUGUUCUAA